CCCAAUCCCAUCCCCCGCCGCCGCCGCCGCCGCGCGGGAGAGAUGUCCCUCUGCUUCUGCAGCACCGCCGCCGCCGCUGCCGCCGCCACCCGCCGCUUCCUCCUCCCUCGCCUCUUCCUCGGCCGCCCCCACAACCAGGUCCGGACCUCAAUCCUCCACCCAAGGACCCACACAACCGCCGCCGCACGGGCCAACCCCGCCGCCUCCUCCUCCGCCGCCAACCUCUCGCCGUCGCAGCAGCGCCAGGUUGCCCUCUACGUGGACGCUCUCCUCGACUGGAAUCAGAGGAUGAACCUCACCGCCGUCACCGGCGAGGACGAGGUGAUGACGCGCCACGUGGCCGACUCCCUCGCCGUGCUGCCCCCGCUCGAACGCGCGUACCGAGCUCGUUGCGCCUCCGGCGGCAGCGAUGCGGACGGGAUGCGUCUCAUCGAUGUCGGCUCCGGUGCGGGGCUUCCCGGUCUCAUCCUCGCCGUUGCACGCCCAAGCUGGAAAUUUACGCUGUUGGAGUCGAUGCGGAAGCGGUGCACGUUCUUGGAGCAUGCUGUUGAGGUCAUGGGGUUGUCGAAUGUGGAUGUGGUGUGUGACCGUGCUGAGAAUGUUGGCCAAAGUCCUGAUUUCCGGGAGGCAUUUGAUGUAGCAGUUGCAAGAGCAGUUGCAGAACUGAAAGUUUUAGCUGAGUACUGUCUCCCAUUGGUUCGUGUUGAUGGUUUAUUUAUAGCCGCAAAAGGACACAAUCCCCAUGAAGAAAUAAAAGGUGCUAAAAGUGCAGUACAUAAAUUGGGCGCCUCUAUGCUUGAAGUAUGUGAUGUUGAAUCUGUGGGACCUCAUGGUCAGCGAACAGCUGUUGUGUACUUAAAGGAGCGCAUUACGCCAAAGAAAUAUCCACGGCAUCCAGGUACUCCUUCCAAGAUGCCAUUGUAAGAAGCGUGUUCACAUUGCUGUAGACUUACAAAUUACAAUAGCCAAAUGCUGAAAUCUGUGGUUGGCCUCACCCGAAUGACAUCGGCUGGAAGAGGGUUGUUCAUGAAGCAUGAAAGGAUUAUCAUUAUCCCACCAUCCCGACAUCAGUUAUUUUUCUGAUGCAACUUGUACUGUACUUAACUGAAUUAGACUGACAGACCCUCUGUUGAUUUUUUUUAAGUGUAAUAAUUGUUAGGAUUGUCACUGUAACAAAUAAUUGUAAAUGUUGCAGUAGAAAAAUAGCUUGAACUCCUUGGUAUUACAUCCUUUUUCAUUGAAUAUCUCGGUAUCUUGUGAACAACAAAAGAAAUAUAUGUUGUCUUGAAUGGAUGUAGAACGAAGUGUGGAGGAAACGUAGACUAUUAGAACAGUAUG